UAUUAUCGCAGGACUGCCUGCUCCCAGAAAACCCACGAACAGACUUCAACUCCCAACAGGCACUUUUCGGACUACAUUUCCGGAAAGAAAUUAUGCAGCCUGGGAGCGACGGCCCCACCCUGGUUACACCCGGUCGCGGUCCCCGCGCUUCGAUGGGACUACAUAUCCCGGCAGGCGCUGCGUGAUCCCGUGCUGAGGACAGUAUCGGUUAUGUAGUAAGGCCUGCCGGAAACUGUAGUCCUGACGCGGGGACCACUGGGAGGCGCGGGGCGGGGCUCCGAAAGGGGCGGUGUGGGCAUGGCGGCGGCGCCGGGCGGCGGCUGCUCCGGCCCUGGCUCCAGCUCCGGAUCCAUCUCUGGCUCCGGUACAGGGGCUGCUGCGGCCGCGCGACCCAAGGUGGCCCCGAGCGUGGACUUUGACCACAGCUGCUCGGAUAGCGUGGAGUAUCUGACUCUCAACUUCGGGCCCUUCGAGACUGUGCACCGAUGGCGCCGCCUACCGCCCUGCGACGAGUUCGUGGGCGCGCGGCGCAGCAAGCACACAGUGGUGGCUUAUAAGGAUGCCAUCUACGUGUUUGGAGGCGACAAUGGAAAGACGAUGCUGAACGACCUGCUGCGCUUCGACGUCAAGGACUGCUCGUGGUGCAGGGCCUUCACCACCGGGACGCCGCCGGCCCCCCGCUACCACCACUCGGCCGUCGUCUACGGGAGCAGCAUGUUUGUGUUUGGCGGCUACACGGGCGACAUUUACUCCAACUCCAACCUGAAGAACAAGAACGACCUGUUCGAGUACAAGUUCGCCACCGGCCAGUGGGCGGAGUGGAAGAUCGAAGGGAGGUUACCUGUGGCGAGGUCGGCACACGGGGCGACCGUGUACAGCGACAAGCUGUGGAUCUUCGCAGGCUACGACGGCAAUGCCCGGCUAAGUGACAUGUGGACGAUCGGCCUUCAGGACCGAGAGCUGACCUGCUGGGAAGAGAUCGAGCAGAGCGGCGAGAUCCCCCCUUCCUGCUGCAACUUCCCCGUGGCCGUGUGCAGGGACAAGAUGUUCGUGUUCUCGGGCCAGAGCGGCGCCAAGAUCACCAACAACCUCUUCCAGUUCGAGUUCCGGGACAAAGUCUGGACCCGCAUCCCCACCGAGCACCUGCUGCGGGGCUCGCCCCCGCCCCCGCAGCGGAGGUACGGGCACACCAUGGUUGCCUUCGACCGGCACCUCUACGUGUUCGGGGGGGCGGCCGACAACACCCUCCCCAACGAGCUUCACUGCUACGACGUGGACUUCCAGACGUGGGAGGUCAUCCGGCCGAGCCCCGACAGCGAGCUGCCCAGCGGGAGGCUGUUCCACGCGGCCGCCGUCAUCUCGGACGCCAUGUACAUCUUCGGGGGCACCGUGGACAACAACAUCCGCAGCGGGGAGAUGUACCGAUUUCAGUUCUCCUGCUACCCCAAGUGCACGCUGCACGAGGACUACGGGCGCCUGUGGGAGAGCCGCCAGUUCAGCGACAUGGAGUUCAUCCUGGGAGAGAAGGAGGAGCGGGUUCGAGGACACAUCGCGAUCGUCACAGCUCGGUGCAAGUGGCUGCGGAAGAAGAUAACGCAGGCCCGGGAGCGAGCGCGGCAGAAGUCCAGGCCGGAGGCCGAGGAGGAAGGGCCAGGGCCGGGGCCACCGCGGCCUUCCCUGCUGGAGGUGGCCAUCCGCGAGGCCGAGGCGCAGCCCUUCGAGGUGCUCAUGCAGUUCCUGUACACCGACAAGAUCAAGUACCCCCGCAAGGGCCGCGUGCAGGAUGUGCUGCUCAUCAUGGACGUGUACAAGCUGGCGCUGAGCUUCCAGCUGUGCCGCCUGGAGCAGCUGUGCCUGCAGUACAUCGAGGCCUCGGUGGACCUGCAGAACGUCCUGGCCGUGUGCGAGAGCGCCAGCAAGCUGCAGCUGGACCAGCUCAAGGAGCACUGCCUCAACUUCGUGGUGAAGGAGUCCCACUUCAACCAGGUGAUCAUGAUGAAGGAGUUCGAGCACCUCUCGUCCUCCCUCAUCGUGGAGAUCGUGCGACGGAAGCAGCAGCCGCCCAUCCGGGCGCACUGCGAACAGCCCGUGGACAUAGGCACGUCGCUCAUCCAGGACAUGAAGGCCUGCUUGGAGGGGGCGGGGACGGACUUCUGCGACAUCACCCUGCUCCUGGACGGCCACCCGAGGCCGGCCCACAAGGCCAUCCUGGCCGCGCGCUCCAGUUACUUCGAAGCCAUGUUCCGAUCCUUCAUGCCCGAGGACGGGCAGGUGAACAUCUCCAUCGGGGAGAUGGUGCCCAGCAAGCAGGCCUUCGAGUCCAUGCUGCGCUACAUCUACUACGGGGAGGUGGACAUGCCGCCCGAGGACUCGCUCUACCUCUUUGCUGCGCCCUACUACUACGGCUUCUACAACAACCGGCUCCAGGCCUACUGCAGGCAGAACCUGGAGAUGAACGUGACGGUGGAGAACGUGCUCCAGAUUCUAGAGGCUGCCGACAAGACGCAGGCGCUGGACAUGAAGCGGCAUUGCCUGCACAUCAUCGUGCACCAGUUCACCAAGGUUUCCAAGCUGCCCAACCUCCGAGCCCUGAGCCAGCCGCUCCUCGUGGACAUCAUCGAGUCUUUGGCCACUCACAUAUCUGACAAGCAGUGCGCCGAGCUGGGCUCCGACAUAUGAUGCUCCGGAGGCCCAGCCCUGGGGGACGCAGCGGGCUGGUGUGGAUGGAGGCUCCGUGGGCCAGAGCAGACCCUCAGCCUCCUCCGGGGGAAGGGGUGCCUGCAGGCUCCCAGGCCUCGGGGGAUCCUCUCCCCAGGCCUCGGGAACGGACGAGUGGGAGCCGGCAGUCGUGUGCCUGGCGUCCCUCUGCCCCUCAGGGAAGGACAAAGACUGCGGAGGAGGGCAGCACCCUGACUGCCCCUCCCUCUCGUCCCUGGGGCCCAGGGUUCAACAACCCCCCCAGUGUGCCCUCCUUUACUGCUGGACAGUCCAGCCUCUUCCUGGCUCCACUAUGCCUGGGGACAUUUUUCACAUGCCCAGUGUGGGCGCUGCCUCCCUCUGCUGCCUGGGGCAAUGCAGGGAGCUCGCAGGCGGUGUGAGGGUGCAGUUUGGGCACAGCAAUGACCAGUCAUGGGCGCCAAGGCUGCCGCUAUUCCUUUCUCCGGGGCCGGUUUUAUUUUCUAGGCCUCUUACCUUUUAGGCUGGGGGUUGGGGCGUGUCACUGCCCUCCCCUGCCCUGAUGUCCAAAGACAGGGCUGGGCCGAGCCCCAGGACCCCCAGGCUGUCACCACUUGGAGGGGUGGCAGGAGCUGAGGGGCCACGGCCCGAGGGAGGGAGGGGCCCCUGGCAGCCACACUGGCCACCUCUACCUAGUGGGGCAGAUGUGUCCUUGGCUGGGCCCCGGCUUUGGUGGCCCUUCUGUCCUUCCUUGCCGGUUUGCGGCCUGUGUCGGGGGGCUUCUGAAGCUCAUCCAGAGGGGAGGGUGCCAGGGGAAAGGCCCAGAUUGGCAAGUGCAGGCCUCGGUCCCCAACACCCCAGAGGGUCCUUUCCUAGUGAGGGACUGCUCUGGGCGGAAAUAAAGGACUCUGGCCGGUCA